AUGACAUUUGAGGCUGUAGAUCAUAAUCAUAAUCAUCAAGGUGUUGAAACGAAGAAUGUUUUGGUGGGAAUUCGAUUUGAUGAAUGUGGUAGAGAGCUUCUUGAUUGGGCUAUGGUGAAAGUUGCAGAUGCAGGUGAUCGUGUAAUCGCCAUUAACGUUUGUCAUAAUUCAGACUCUGUAUCAAAGUACAAGAGUUUGUUGGAUGAUUAUCUGGCCGAUUAUGAAGGCCUUUGUGACCAAAAACAGAUUGACCUUACGGGUCAAGUAGUGAGAGGGAAUUCAAUACGGAAAGUUUUGGUUAAAGAAGCAAAGUUUUAUUCUGCAGCCGCUGUUAUUGUUGGGGUUAGCAAGGUCAAGGCUUUCGGGUGUUGGCUUUCAAUUGCUAAAUAUUGUGCAAAGAAACUACCUUUAGCAACUGAAGUUUUGGCUCUCCAUAAUGGGAAAGUUGUUUUCAAGAGGUUUUCCAAUGGCCAACUUUCAGGGUCAAUGCGAGAUCCGAGGCCAAGUUUCUACUUAAUCGGCAACUCCAAUUUGAAAGACACCCAGUCGGAGUUUUGCUACUCCGAGGCCUCAGAAAUGGGGAGACACAGUUCCGAAGAGAUCAAAAGCCUAAAAGAUGAAGAAUUAGACCCUUUCGAACUGCGGAAGAAAGCUCUGAGCUCUGUUUCUGUUGUGAUCGAGGAUUUUGCCCAUCAAAGACCUGGAUGGCCUCUUCUCCGAGCAAACACCGUGUUAACGCCGUCGGCAAUGGAGGCUAGAAAAAUGUCGGUGGUGAAGUGGGUGAUGAACUUGCCGAACAGGUCGACGCCGGGGACUCCAAGAACGCCGUCGUCGAAUAGUGAAAUUAGCCCUAAAAGCAUGGCGUCGGAUUCUAGGUCGGAAUCUAGUUUGUUCACAAACACGAGCAACGAGAGUGGAACUCCGAUCGAUAAAAGCCAUGAGUUGCCGGAAAUUUUGAAUCUUUUACUCAAAACUAAUCCGUCUCGAUGUCAAUGGUUUGGGUUUGAUCUACUUAGAGCCUCAACAUCUAACUUUGCGUCAGAGAAUUUGAUCGGGAAAGGUGGUUGUCAUCGUGUAUAUAAAGGGAUGUUUCCUGAUGGAAAAAUGGUGGCUGUGAAGAUCAGAAGGUCAUCAAGAGAAGCAUGGAAAGAUUAUAUUCUGGAAAUCGACAUUAUGACUUCGCUAAAUCAUGAAAACAUCACACCUCUUUUAGGGGUAUGCGUGGAAGAAGAUAACUUGAUUUCUGUUUAUGAUCUCGUGCUUAGAGGAAAUUUAGAGGACAAUAUACAUGGUGCCACGAAGGACAAAUCGAUUUUAUCAUGGGAAAUAAGAUUGAAUAUAGCCAUUAAAGUUGCUGAAGCUUUAAACUAUUUGCAUAAAGAAUGUCCUCGGCCUGUCAUUCAUCGUGACAUCAAGUCUUCCAACAUUCUUCUCUCAGAAGAAUUUGAGCCUCAGUUAUCGGAUUUUGGGCUUGCGAUAUGGGGACCCACGAGUUUACCAUUCCUGAGUCAUAGUGAUGUAGUUGGAACAUUUGGGUAUCUUGCUCCCGAGUACUUUAUGUAUGGGAAAGUUAGUGAAAAAAUUGAUGUUUACUCUUUCGGUGUUGUUCUCUUGGAGCUUUUGACCAGAAAAAGACCGAUCAGUUCGGAUCCCGUUAAAGGCGAAGAUAGUUUGGUCAUGUGGGCAAAACCGAAGCUAGAAAAGGGUGAUCUUGCAAGCAUAUUAGAUGUCGAUUUGGACAAAGAAGUCAAUAAAAAUCAAAUAGUUCGAAUGGCUCUAGCUGCAACACUUUGUCUCACAAGAUCAGCUAGAAGGCGUCCCACAAUGAACGAGGUCUUAAACAUUUUAAGAGGGGAGCAUGAUUUGGACAAGAAGUCAACUCAAAAUGAUUUGGAAUUGUUGUGUACUAAUGAAGAUCAUGACGAUGAUGAUGAUGAUGAUGAAGUUUAUCCGGAAUCAAAUGCGGAGUCUCAUUUGAGUCUUGCAUUUCUUGAUGUUGAUGAUAAGUCAACAUCGUUUGGUAGUGUGGAUGUAAAUCAACACACACGGCAUACAUUAGAAGGAUACUUGAGGGGAAGGUGGAGCCCGUCUUCGAGCAUGGAUUAGGUUUGUUUUUGUGUGGUGUGGGGAAAAUUCUUCGGGUUUUUUUGUGAAGAAUGUAGAUAGUUUUGUAUAGCUUGAGAAUGUAUACGAAGGGGAAAAAAGAAUGUGCACCCGAUGAUGAGGUGUUGUGUGUUUUUACGAAUCGAGAUGUAAACGUGAGAUUUUCUAGUGAAUUGAGAAUGCGUGGUUUUCAUUCAAA